ACGUGUAAUAUCGGGGACGCGUUGUUCUUCUUCCUUCUUGAUUUCACUCAAUAUCAGAUGAGGUGAGCUCGUACUCUGCUCAGCAAUGGCCGCUUCCUCCCUCUUCAUCUGCACCCCGUUCCUUCUCCGCCCUCUCAGCCUCAAACUCAGGCCCGCCAUUAAACCUGCCCUCUCCUCCGCCUCCUCCGGACCUUCCACUCCUGCGCUCUGCGGCAUUUCCCAGCCCAAACCCAUCAAGAAGAACCCCCACCGCUCUGGUUCGAUGGACGGGCAAAGACCCUCCUCGAGGAACCGCAAGAAAUCCUCGUACGGGACCUCCCGGCGGUCGAUACUCAAGAAAUCGUUCAGCCAAGAGCAGGUGGCUUUCACCGCUCCGGUUCCCGACGACCCGAUUGUCGCCAUAAUCGGAGGCGGCAUGGCGGGCCUCAUCUGCGCCCAGAGCUUGGAGAAGAGAGGGGUCCGGAGCGCGGUUUUCGACACGGGAAUGCAUGGGUUUGGAGGAAGGAUGGGGACCCGGAUAAUUGAGCCUCAGGGCUUGGUUUUCGACCAUGCGGCGCAGUUCUUCAGCGUGAGCGAUCCUCGGUUUGCUGAGCUUGUCAAUGGUUGGCUAGACACAGGUCUGGUCCGAGAGUGGCCGGGCCUGAUUGGGGAGCUUGAAGCUGGUGGUCACUUCACUCCUCUUCCUUCUCCUCCUCCGAGAUAUAUUGGUGUCCACGGGAUGCGUCCUCUUGCUGACUCGCUGGCUCAGACUUUGCCUAAUGUGGUGAGACCUUGCUGGAUAAGUAAGUUGGAGCCAUUCAAUGGUAGGUGGCACCUCAGCGAGAACGGAAAGAAUCGUGGGGGGUUUGACGCAAUCGUCAUUGCCCACAAUGGUAAAUGUGCAAAUCGCCUGCUUGCUUCCUCAGGCUUACCAUUAAUUGCCAGGCAGAUGAAGAGGUUGGAGCUGAGUUCUAUCUGGGCCCUACUCGCAGCAUUUGACGAUCCACUACCAAUCCCUGGAAGCAGAGGAGCACCCCCAUUUGAAGGGGCUUUUGUGAAAGGAGUCGACUCUCUCUCAUGGAUGGCGAAUAAUUCCGCAAAACUUUCCAGGUCUGAGAGUAAUGGAACCCACUGUUGGACGUUCUUCAGCACAUCAGCAUAUGGAAAGCGAAACAAGGUUCCACAGGAAAACAUUCCCACUGUCACAGCAGAGAAGGUGAAGGCAGACAUGCUCGGUGGCGUACAAUCUGCACUUGGACUGCCUGAAGGAUCCCUUCAGAAACCCUUUUACAUCCGGCUCCAGCUAUGGGGUGCAGCUCUUCCGAUGAACAGUCCAAAUGUGCCCUGCAUCUUUGAUCCUCGGGGAAGAGCUGGAAUAUGCGGUGAUUGGCUACUCGGUUCGAGUAUGGAGUCAGCAGCUCUAAGUGGCAUGGCACUGGCCAAUCAUAUCGCAGAUUAUUUCCAGAGUGGCGGAGCCCAGCCUGAUGAAUUUGCCAUUGGUCUGCACAAUGAUUUCCAACCCCUUUCAGGACAUGAUAUUGGACAGUUUCCCGGGUUGGAAUCAGAGAAGCAAACAGAAGACAUCAGGGAUCGCGAGCUGGUAACCUAAAAAAUUGCACCCUAUGGAAGAUGAGACCUUCGACUGGUAACCUAGAAGACCGAAUUUGUGCGGUUCAUUGCACCCUAUGGCAGGGGAGACCUUCAGGACUCUCAUCUUUUGCAAUGUCGAAGAUUUUCACAGUUCUGCUGCCACAAAGUCGUAACAGAGGAUAAGGGCCAUCACCAGACAACUUGGGUUCCUCAAGCCGCAUAUGUUCCUCAAAUCUCAUAGACAUUGUUCGUGUUCAAUUGUUUAGGCAUUUUGUUGGGAGAGAGACUGUAAGAUUCCGAUUGAUUGUGAAAGAUGCAGACUCAUGUAGCAAUACCAUUUUGAUGAUUCUCCCCCCUUCA